UGGUGCCGGGGAUGAUUACUUCAUUAUCUCGAGGAACUGGGAGUUCGCUCCAGAUAAGGACCUUCACUUCUACCCUCUUCCUCGAACAGUUUUUGUAGACAGUAAUGGUAAGAGCCCAGUGUUUAUACUUACUUUGUCUUUAAAGUGUUCAAUACUUCGUUUGUUCUAAUGUCUGUUUUUCUUGCAACUCUUCCCCAACCAGAAAAAGGCUUCCGCAAGUCCUUUUUCCCCAGUAAGAGUUUGAAGAAGUUAUUGGAUUUGCCAGUCCACAAGCGUAGAGCCCCUUUGGUACUCAAUUUCAUCCCAACCUAUAAAUCGGUACUCCCUGACGUCCCAAAUAGGAAGAAAAGCCAAUCUUCUUCUUCUGCCACAACUCCUUCGACAGCGUCCUCAUCUCGGCCAGAUCAAGGAUCAACUUUAGAUCCAGCAGAGUAGUUAUCCACCUCAGCUCCACAACUGAUCCCACCAUCUCAACGCCGACGACGUCGACAAACUGUUUUUGCUGCUGAGAUAGGCCGUCAGAAAGCAAUCGCUAAAGAUCUCUUGGCCAACAUUCCUGACUCAGUUGAUGCUCAACCAGCACAAACCCAGCCUCAGCCAAAGCCAAAGCUAAAGCCAAAGCCAAAACGUCUGAAGAAGGCUCAGCCCAAGGCAACGGUGACUCAGAUUGACACUGAGGACACCUUGCCAAUUUCAAAAUUAGCAGAGAGUGAGACGACCUCUUCUGCUUGCGAGAAAAGGCCUGCCGAGGCCCAACCAUCCAAGUCCACCAAAUCAAAUAGGCUGAGGUCAUCCUCUGCAACCACCUCGGGGUCUCUAAAUCAUGAUUCCCCCUGGGCCCCGCCAAUCACAAUUAACAACAAGCCAGUUAAGGUUGGUGACAGUGCCAACGAUAUUGAGGUCGGCGUUGCACUUUCCACCGCCUUGCUUCUACCCGAAGAUCUUAAUCGUAACGCUCAGAUGAGCGAAUACGAAAAUUUUGCUCUAAUGCUGCAGCGUUCCAUUCAAGUGAUCCAGCACGCCCACUCCUUCUCAAUGCAAUCUUUUGAGACAAGGAAGGCGUUGGCCGACAAGACUAAGGAGGUUGCUAGUCAGCAGAAGACCCUUAAAAAGACUGAGGCCAAGAUGAAAACUUUAUCCGACCAAGCUGCUUCGGCCGUUAAAGCUAAGGACGAGGUCGAGGAAAAGACAGAUGCCGCUGAGGCCAUCAACAAGGUUCUUGAGGCCCAGAAGAAAGAGGCCAAAGAAAAAAUGGCCAAGGCCCAGAAAGAGCUGCAGGAUGCAUUGGCCACCAAAGAAGCCGAGCUUAAGGCUGCCAAUGAGAAGGCAUACAAUGAGGGGGUGGCCGAUGUCACGGCGGACUACGAGCGUCAGGUGAAGCAGGAAUGCAACAAGGGUUUCACCCUUGGUUGGAUGGCUCUCCUAAAAAAGCUUGAAGUCCCAGAGGACUCCUCGCUCAGGAACACCGACGUCCUCGUCCUGCCAUUCCUUCCAACUCCAAGUCAAUCUGACGACGAUUCUGAGUCUGAGGAGGAAGCUUUGGUGAGGAAGUCAAAGGAAGCUGCUGGGGCCAAGUCCCCUACUUCAAAUGAGCAAGUCUUGGACUUGACUCAAGAUGAGGAAGGUGAGGAGGUUCCCCAAGAUGCUACUCCUGAGAAGGCAACAUUGGACGCGCCUAUUGCUGAUAAGAGCCUCGACGGAACCCUCCAAGAAAUAGAUGCCGAGCUCACGGCUGAAAAGACGACCGACAUGUCUUCUCAGCAGUCUUCCAAUCUUUCGAUCUCCAGACCAAACCAGCCAGUGCCACCGAAGA